GCACUUACGGCAAGACUUUGGCAGACCGGGAGAAGUUAGGCGUUUUCAAGCCAGCUGACUGGACCAAAGAAGUCUUGGGCACCAAGUUCCGUGGAGUUCUUCAAAAGCGGAAUUUCCUUGAGGGCUUGAAAGCCAUGGUGAUCGCGCAGGAACCUCACAAAAAGUGGGCUCCAGGACAAGAAGAAAGGGAGGUUCAUUACCACAUUGUCAUGAAGAUGGCCAGUCCCUUUGCCCACGCCAAGAUCUGCGUAGAUCUUGGAGCUUUAGGGUGCAAAGGAUUUUUCACGUUUCCACGCGCAGGGUGGGCAUCCUAUCUUGCGUAUGUCCUCUUGCCUUCAGCUAAGAAGCUGCAGAAGGACUUAGAUCCUUCUUGCUUGUUUUGGCCCCCAAGCUUUACCAAAGAGAACGCUCUUGAAGUCAUCAACCAGGUUGAUGCUAAGAUGCUACAUCGCAACAGCGCUGAAGUCCAGCAGCAGAUCAAAGCCACGCAGGCAGAAAACCUGCGAAACGUCAUAGAGAACCGUUGCGUUGAUGAGGCUGAUGUUUGGCGAUUGGCCAAAAGGUUGAAAGCAGGGGGAGAGGACUUGAUGUGGAACUACUUGGAAACCAAAGAUGUGGGCGGCGUCCUGCGGAAAGGCAUGCUCCAGAAGACGGUCCAGUACCCACUCUCGGCAUUCAAGGUUCCCGACGGAGUUCAGCAUUGGAUGGACCAUGGCCGUGGGGAAAAGGUUCUCAUCUUGCAUGGUGAAGGUGGACUUGGUAAGACAGAGUUGGCUUGUGCAGUCAUGUAUGAGCUGACCGGACCGUUCUUCUUCUUGGACAAGCUAGACGCUGCCAAGAAGAUCAACUUUCGGGGCGGUGAAGGGCUGGUGAUUGACGAUGUCAACUUCUCCAGGCUCGAAGUGGAUGACGUGAAAAGCUGGCUUGACGUCCAGAAGCCUCGAUGCACGCAUUGCAGAAACGACGAUGCUUUCAUUCCGGCAGGGACGAUCAGAAUUUUUACAACCAACUAUCGAAGUGUCAACUUCUUCCCGGUGGAGGCCCGGAUGGAAGAACACGUUAAGGCCAUCAAGCGUCGCGUCCAGUGGGUCGACAUCAACGAAGAUGUGCGGCGUCCAAUCCCAGUAGCAUCCCCGCUCCCUCUUGCAGCAGAUCCAGAUGCUGAGGAAGACCCCUUUGGUUUCGGUUUCGAUAUGAGCUGA